AUGGAGGGCGGGCAACAGCUCCCGGCUGGGCCGGAAGACCGCAAAAGCAGCAAGAGCAAAACGGGAGCUGCGGCGGAGAGGUCCAGCCACGCGCACAUCCGGGGCUUUCCGGGCGCCCCUGGUCCUGCGGGAGCCGCCGCUCUGGGCCCCGCGAGCUUCUCGGUCCCCGGCGGCGCCCUCCGGCCUCCUCCUCAGGAAGAAGCCCGGCUAGUGCGCGCGCGGCUGCUCCGUCUGCCCAGCCUACCACCUCUGAGGCGCGGGCUGCUGACAGCCGCGUCUGUUCGGCUGGAUGAGCGUUUGGAGGCGCUGGGAGUGGACCGAGCCGUGUAUGGCGCCUACAUCCUCGGCGUCCUGCAAGAGGAGGAAGAGGAAGAGAAGCUGGACGCUCUGCGGUGCAUCCUCUGUGCUUUCCUGGAAGAAGACUCCCUCCUUACCAUCUGCAAGGAGAUUGUCGGGCGGUGGUCGGAAUCUCAGAAUGCUGUUCCCAAAGUGAAGAAAGAAGAUGAGGUCCAGGCCAUCGCCACACUGAUUGAGAAGCAGGCACAGAUCGUGGUGAAGCCUCGGGUGGUGACGGAGGAGCAGCGGCAGAGGAAGGCAGCCCUGCUGGCACAGUAUGCGCACGUGACUGACGAGGGGGAUGAACCAGAUGAAAAUGAUGAUUCAGGCGCUGGGAUGAACACCGGUUCUGACAAAUCUCUGUUCCGAAACACCAACUUGGAAGACGUCCUCAGCGCUCGGAGGCUGGAGCGAGACUCACUUCGGGAUGAGUCCCAAAGGAAGAAGGAACAGGACAAGCUACAGAGAGAGAGGGACAGACUAGCCAAGCAGGAGCGCAAGGAAAAGGAGAGGAAACGGACCCAGAGAGGGGAGCGGAAGCGGUAACCUUGGGCUGCACUGCACUCCCGCUGGGGGACCUCAAGCUGUGCUGGGUAUGCCUGCGCGGACUGAGCACCUCAGCGAAAGCCUUCUGCUUUUGUUUAUGGGGUUAAAAGGAAAAUCACAAUCAUUCUAAUUAGGACAGGUGCAUUCAGUGGUCUGGGCAGUCACAUUACAGGUGAUGUUCUCUACCAGGGGCCUGGAAUGGGGCAGCUUUUAUAUUUUAAUACUCAAGUCCCAGGCUUCUUUAGCUCCUUUUAAAAAAGAAACUUUUGGAUGAAGUACAGGAUUCAGGAAGUUGAGUCAGGUUCGUCCUGAAGGAGCGGAACCAGGACCCCACUCACCCGAUUCUUGGUGCACAGCAGCAGGGAGCGCAGGCUGCUCUGGAGGGGACGUUCACCCCAAAUGUAGCAGUUUCCAGCUGAGCUAGAAAGGCUGCUGAAUCCAGAGUUUAUAGGCUAUGUCAGCAAACUAGAAAGGACAAACUAUUU